UCAUCUUUGGGGAACGCCGUUUGAAGGGGGGACAAAAGACCUCCGUCCGUCCCUCGUAACGGGGCACGACGUCCCGGACACCUGCAACCCAUUUGGGGGACCGUGCGGCGCUGUGUCCCCCCAAAUCCCCCCCCGCCUCCUCCACCAGCAAGGCGUGUUCCGUUAGAAGGAAAUGAUGGAGAACGAAAGUUUGUGACGCCUCACUGGUCCGCUCGUAGGGGGGGGGGCACUGGAGAUCGUUUUUAGGUGCGCGCGGGUCGCUCGUCCUCGUCCUAACGCGCGGACAGCGUCGAUGUGAAGGAUCUGCGUAUGGAUUUAGGAUUCCUAAAGUCUCCGACCCUGCAAUGUCUGAGGAUUGGAAAUGCAGCUCCACGCCUGCCUGUUGCUUUUUAUUAUCACCACAGAUAAAACGUUGGCCUUGCCGGACCACCGCUGCGGAGGACAUGUCGCCCUGGACAAACAGCCCGCCGGUCUCAUCCACCUCUCCUCACCUGGACCUUCUGCUGCAGUCCACCACACGCACCAGCCCGCCCACCACCAGUCUGCGGCGGUGUCGGCCUGCAGCUGGACCCUCGGCCUUCCUCCGGGUCGGAGGGUGCUUUUAAAGUUGGUGUGGUUGGACAGAGGUUCAGGCACGGUGAGCUGUGCUGGGGGCGAGGGGAACCGGGUCCUGGAGAGCGGGGGGGCGGUUCUGCUCUCGGGCUGUGAUGGACACAGAGCCGCCUUCACUUGGACGGGAUCAGUACGCCCCUCAAGUGGAGUUCAGCUGUCCUAUAAUGUCCAGGAAGAUGAGAGGAAUUCCUCGGAGGACCACGCCGGCCCACGUUCAGACCGAGACCUCCAUCGUUGGUCUCCGACAGGAACCAGCUUUACAAGCGCCUCUCCUGUGGCUCAACACGUGGCGAGAGGCACGGACGGGCGCACAGGUCGCCUCUUUGAAGGUCCGCAGGGGAGCCCUGUGCCUCGGCCUGCGUCCAGUCCCUCCUCCCGGGACCAGGGGCCACUGCACCCCACCUCCCCCCCGCAGGGACCCACCAUGGCUGGGAGAGCCGAUAGGGAAACUCUCCCUCUUCCUGAGGAAGCGCCGAACAAUGGAGCGGAUACAUCUGGAGCCGCUCGCCACGCCGAUGGAAAAAUGCCUGCCGCGGACAGAGCGCGACCCAGUUUCCAGCCCACGGACUCGCCGUUUGACACAACGCACACAUCAAACACAGGGAGGGAAUCGAGCGACCAGCCCGUUACCUCCGAAGCCUUGCCCGGCGUGUAUGUUCACAAAUACACAGCCACUCGAGCUCGCUCCAGCCCCAGCGUCCACCUUCUCAGCUCCGCUUCGCCUUCCGGGGCCACCUGGGAGGGUGGUGCUUCUGGGGAGGAACAGCCCCAUUCCUGGAGGAGCCAUCGAAGCACAGACGGACUCAACUCCGAUCUGACCUCCGCCUUCACCUCUGAUCCUGUGAAACCCCCAACCGAGCCUCGGCAGGGUGACUCCCAGGCCGACGCCGCGCCGCCAUCGCCGCGAGCCCUUGUCGCAGAGCUUGAAACCGAGGCCGCUUCGUUUCAUCCAAACACGGGUGGAACUGACUCAUCCGUUCCGGCUGCGUCGGAGGUCACCAAUCACACCGUCGCGUUCGAGCCCUACGAACUCGUGACGCUUCACACUUUCACUUCCUCCACAGGGAGUCGAGCGAACCCUCCGCAAAGCACCAGGGGCCUCGCGGCAGAUGCGGCGGCCCAGACCUCGGCCCCCUCGGGAACGACUACUGACGCUGGAACGCCCACGCUGCCUCCCACCUACACGCCCUCACGCGACAGGUGGCCCGCCAGUUCGCAGACUCCUGAUCCCCUUUUCUCGCCCGGGGCGUCCACGCGGUCAUCAACGGCGUCGCGCACGCUCCAAACACCCACUGCGUUGCCCGGUCGUUCCCGUUUGACACACGCACCCUUUGCUCCGCCCUCCUCUACCGCUGAACCACUCAUCGGCCACGACAACGAGCCUGGGCCCUCACAAACCAUCGAAUCCGAAUCUUCACGCACACCUCAUACGCAGAACCGCGUACCUUGGACGUUUUCCCCGGUUACGCUUAAACAGCCGCGCAACCGUAUUACCACUGCACCCACGUCUCUGCUCUCACCCGCAACUGCAAAAACACAUUCUGGGCUUGGAAGUGAAGAGGUGGAGGAAGAGGAGAAAAAGACCACACAGACCCCCACAGUUGGGUCUCCAUUAACCAGGCCUCCAUCGACCGGGCCUCCAUCGACAGGGCCUCCAUCGACCGGGACUCCAUCGACCGGGCCUUUAUCGACCGGGCCUUUAUCGACCGGGCCUCCAUCGACAGGGCCUUUAUCGACCGGGCCUUUAUCGACCGGGCCUUUAUCGACCGGGCCUUUAUCGACCGGGCCUCUAUCGACCGGGCCUCUAUCGACCGGGCCUCCAUUGUGGUCCGCCUCAUACCCCGGCCAGGAGCCCCGUUCCACACUCACACCUCCUGCUCUAACCUUCGCCUGGAGCCCCGCGGCCACUCAGACACCCGACUUCUACAUCGUGCCGGACCAACCUUCAGCCAUCAGAGUGGAGUCGGUUGAGCUGCUGGUGCAGAUUGUUGUGGAAGACUCCGGAUCGGCUUUCGCUUCUGGUUUGGAGAAAGACGCCGCUGCCUGGGUGGAGCAGUACCUUCGGAAGGCCCCGGGGUUCAGCGGGAUGGUGGGAGUCUGGAGCAGUGGCCAUGCAGUGCAGAGCCUGGUGGGGUUCAGAACCAGCGGGGCGCUGCGGUGGCUCGGCGUGACCGGACCCGCCUCACUGUUGGAACGAACAGGACUCGCUCAGGCCGUGCGCGAGGGGAGGAGCUUCCGCUCGUCGAAGAUCACCAACAUCACGCUGGGAGGUGUGCAGGGUGACGUGUGCGACUGGUUACUGCAGUGUCCGGAAGGCUACGAGUGUGUGUUUAAUCCUGGCACCUCAAACUACAGCUGCUCUUCCCGCUGCCACUUUGACUACUGCCAUCACCGCGGCAUCUGUACUCACCACCCGGGCCAGCUGCCAGUUUGCCGCUGCCUUGUAGGAGAGGACUUCUGGUUCAUGGGUCGGCGGUGCGACGUGAGGAUGACCCGAGCGCGGCUCGUGGGCGCGUGUCUCGCCGUCUUACUCAUCAUGGUGACGCUGAUCGGCGUUUUGGCCCUCGUGGCAGUGCGACGCUACCGAGCCAUUCUGAUCCAGGCCAAAGUGGACCAGACUCGGAGCAGCUACCGCAGGUUCAACCAUUUCGAUGAGCUGUCAGGGCGGUUCUGGUUGCGUUCGUGGGCAGGCUCGGCCGACUCGCUGGACAAUCCCGCCUUCACGCGCUCCGACGAGCUGCUGCACCUGCGGGCGCUCGACCGCCCCUGCUGUUACCACGACGACACGCUGUCGCUGGCCUCCACCUGCCCGAGCCACGGGGCUCGCAUCAACACAAUCUACCCACACAGCUCUCAGUACGGCUGGAGGGGAAGCGAGGUGAGCAUGGCCGACGGAGUGUUGGACUCGGGUAAGGCCAGUGACCUGUCUGUCUGCAGCUGGCCCGUGGAACCCAUUCACUGGACUCCCUUCCCACUCCUGCAGCAGCUGGCCUCCCACAGGACCCCCGCUGCGAGGGUGUCGAGGCCUCGGUCCUACUGUGAAGGCAUGGAGCUGGCGGACCUGGGGAAGAGCUGGACCGCCUGACGCACAACAAGAGGAAUGCAAUUGACAGUCUGACCCAGUGGUUUCCGGCUGGUUGUUGCGUUCUGGCCUUCAUGUAAGGGGUGUUUUGUUUAUGAAAACUGUAAAAAACAAUAUCUGUAAAUGUGUAUAUAAAUGUAUAUUAUAUAAGUAUUCCAGUUCUGUGUCUUAUCACUCUGAUGAGAUUAUAGAGUGUAGAAUAUAAUGUAAAAGAGAGAAGAACAAGGUGUGUGUCUUAAUGUCUAUGUUGCAGAGUCUUAUAUCAUAAUCAUCAUAAUAAAUAAAAAAACUCCUCAGACCAAGAA